GCACACAAAGGGGUGGGACCGGGACAGCCUAUGGUACCCUCAACCGGCCAGAGGACGACGACGACGACCUGAAACCUCCGUCGCCUCCGAGUCUUGCUGAAGCUCGUGGGACCUUGGAUGAUCCUCGCGAUGUUUCAGAAACUGGUUUCUGACGGGUUCCUCAUCUUAAGCUUUGUCAUAAUGGGGUUGAUGAUCGAGGAGGUCAGCAGCACUAACGCCAACGACGACCAGUUGUGGUCUGCUUCCUUCCUGCUGGAGGUCCUACUUUUCCUGGUGCAGAUGCUCAAGUCACUGCUCUUCGACCGCAACUUCUGGUCUUCACAGGUGGCUGGCAUGCAGCUCAAGACCAUCCUCACCUCCGUCAUCUACAAAAAGGUGCUGACGAUGAACAGCGCCGCUCAGCGACUGGCCACCAGCGGGGAGAUCAUCAACCUCAUCUCGGUUGACUGUCAACGCAUUCAAACCAUCAUGGGUUUCCUCCCUUACGCCCUGACCACACCUUUACAGGUUAUCAUUGUUUUCGGUUUCCUCUACUUCUACAUCGGCCCCUCAGUCUUCGCCGGCCUCAUCGUGAUUUUCCUUCUCGUUCCCCUCAACUCCUACAUCGCCGGUCGUCAGCAGAAGCUCAUCAUCAACAACCUCAAGUUCAAAGACAACAGAAUGAGACUGACCAAUGAGGUGCUGAGAGGAAUAAAGGUGCUGAAGCUGUACGCCUGGGAACCUUCCUUCGAGAAGAUGAUCACAGACUUGAGGAACGAGGAGACGAGGGUCCUGCUCAGAAUCGCCCACCUGAAUGUCCUGAUGGGGGUGUGCUGGAACUUCGCACCUUACCUGGUAACCCUGGCUACCUUCACAGUGUUUGUGAUGGUCUCCCCUGACAACCACCUGGACGCUAGGCGGGGCUUCGUCACCUUGGCCUUGUACAACAUGUUGAAACUUCCGCUCACCGGGCUGUCAUCAAUCAUGUCAUUGGUCAUUGAGUCUAUGGUGUCAGUGCAAAGGAUCAACAAGUUUCUGUGUUGUGAAGACCUUGAUACAACCAGCGUUACUCGUGAUGUCGAUGCAGUGAACGCCAUAUCUGUGCGCAACGGAACGUUCACCAGAGGAAGCAGCGACGAACCUGUCUUGAAGAACAUCGACAUCAACAUCGGAGUCGGCAGUCUCGUGGCGGUGGUGGGUCACGUGGGUAGUGGAAAGUCGUCGUUGAUCUCGUCUUUACUCGGAGAAACCAAGAAAAUAUCAGGGGAAGUAACUAUCAAGAGUUCUGUGGCCUACGUCCCUCAGCAAGCGUGGAUACAAAACGCAACACUACGUGACAACGUCCUCUUCGGGAAACUCUUCAACGAAAAAAGAUAUCAACAGGUCCUGCGAGCAUGCGCACUUGAGCCCGACCUGGAAAUACUGCCUGCUGGAGACAUGACUGAGAUUGGUGAACAGGGUAUCAACCUCAGUGGGGGUCAGAAGCAGAGAGUGAGUCUGGCCCGCGCCGUGUACAGUGACAGCGACAUCUACCUACUGGACGACCCGCUCAGCGCCGUGGACUCGCACGUGGGCAAACACAUCUUCACCGAGGUCAUUGGCCCCAACGGCUUGCUCCGACACAAGACGAGGGUGCUGGUGACACACGGCAUCCACUGGCUGCCGAUGGUUGACGAGAUCAUCGUGCUGUCCGACAACAGCAUCUCGGAGAAAGGCAGCUACGACAUUCUCAUGUCCCACGACGGACCCUUCGCUCGCUUCCUCAAGCUUCAUCUUCAACAGAGGGAGGAGUCGGAGGAAGAGGAAGACCCUGAGAUUUCGAUGCUAAUCAACAAGAUUCGAGAAGACGCGGAGACGGCGACUUUCGACAGCGCAACUUCCGGUGAUGAUGUGACACGUCUGUCCAACAUUAAGCUCAGGAAGUCUAGACGAAAAGUCAAUGUCGUCGUCGCUCAUACAAUCCACGAAAAUGGAGUCUGGCAAGCGCCACCUGGAGGACGAAAAGCUACGGGAGGUUGUCCAGUUGUCUCACCUGUCUUCCAGGUGAAGUGGAGCGUGUUUCUCACCUACAUACGAGCAGCGGGCGCCGUACCCUUCACGGCAUCCAUUUUGUUCUUCCUUCUUUACCAAGCCGCCAUCGCCUCGAUCCUCACGCUGGUCCUGGGCCACUAUUUGCUGUGGGUUCGAAUGGGUGCCUCCAAAAAUCUUCACAGCAGACUUCUUGCUAGUGUACUAAGGUCACCAAUGGUCUUCUUUGACACGACCCCAGUUGGACGAAUUGUCAACAGAUUAUCACGUGACAUGGAGACCAUUGACAACAAUCUUCCCAAAUCCUUCUGCGACUUCCUUUACAUCUGGACGCUGCUCCUUGUCACCAUUAUCGUUAUCGCCAUCUGCACACCUCUCUUCAUCAUCAUAAUCAUUCCUGCCCUCAUCUUGUACUUCUUUCUGCAGAGCUUCUACUUUCCGACGUCCCGGCAGCUGAAGAGGAUGGAGUCGGUCACUCACAGCCCCAUCUACGUCCACUUCAGCGAGACCAUCAGCGGCGGCGCCACCAUCCGCGCCUACCGAGCAGUCGACCGCUUCAUCGAGGAGAUAAAACGACGGGUGGACAGAAACCAGUCCUUGUACUUCGCUAGUAUCUGUGCAUAUAGAUGGUUUGGAACAAACUUGCAACUAAUCGCAAAUCUUAUCAUCUUCGGUGCCGCCAUCUGUUACUACCGUUACCCCUGGGACAGGAGGAGGUACUGUGGGUCUCACCGUGUCUUACGCAAUGCAGAUCUCGUACUACAUAACGUUAUGGUCCGACAGAUGAUCGACGUGGAGACGAACAUCGUGUCAGUAGAGAGAGUGAAGGAAUACUCAGAGCUGGAACCAGAGGCACCAUGGAUAAAUCCUCUCCAACGUCCAGAACAUUCCUGGCCCGAGAGAGGUCAGGUUGUGUUCAGUGACUACAGCACGCGCUACCGACCCGGCCUUGACCUCGUGCUGCGGGGCAUCACUUUCACUGUCAACGCUGGUCAAAAGGUCGGUAUGGUUGGAAGGACAGGGGCAGGUAAGUCCUCCAUGACUCUCGCUCUCUUCCGCUUGAUCGAGGCCUGUAACGGCAACAUCAGCAUCGACGACGUCAACAUCGCCGACAUCGGGCUCCACGACCUGCGCUCUCGCAUCACCAUCCUGCCACAGGAUCCCGUGCUCUUCUCUGGCACUCUGCGAAUAAACCUUGACCCGCUGGACCAAUAUUCAGAUGACCAAAUAUGGAAAGCUUUAGAAAGUGCCCAUCUAAAAAGUUUUGUAGAAGGGUUGCCAGAACAACUGAACCACCAGGUCGGAGAAGAGGGACUCAGGCUAGGUAAUGGAUUUCUACAAAAUCAGUCACCCACUGACCAACACACAAACACACAAACACACACGCACGCAGGUGCGCACAGAAAGAAACUGAAUGAAUUACGAAGUUUUAAUUAAACACUUAUUUUUCCUAAACUGGUUAAAACAAUAUUUCUUAUUACUUGUGGGGGUAAAGUAUAAACUAAAAUAAAGAAUGUGGGAUAAUUUACUUGUACUGAACCCUCAGAAAAUAAAAACAAAGAAAUUAAAAAAAAUAAGCACAUCCAAUGUCAUAUUUAUUGCAAGAUGUGAAGCAACUGGCCAUCUUAGUUACAGCUGGGUUUUCCAUCAAAAUUUGCCUUUAAGUCUUCUUUUGGUAUGAUUGUCAUUUUCUUUAAAUCCUCUUAUUUGCCUUGAUCACAGUGCGUAGGUCAGCGGCAGUUGGUGUGUCUGGCCAGGAACACUGCUUCGCCGGACCAAAAUCCUGGUCCUGGACGAGGCCACGGCCGCCGUUGACAUGGAAGACGACUCCCUCAUCCAGAACACCAUCCGUGAGGCCUUCAGCUCCUGCACCAUCAUCACCAUCGCACACCGCCUCAACACCAUCAUGGACUACGACAGGUGCAGUGUGACGUCACUCUAGUGUCGGUUAUGGGA